UUUUAUUCUUACACCGUCUUCAAUAGAACUGAAAGAUCCGAACUGCCGCAAGGUGUUCCAGCCCCGCCCACUUUUUUGUUUGGGAAAUAAAGGUAUAAAUAUGGCAGAUUCUUGUCGAAAUCUUCAGUGCACAUUGCGACCCAAGAUCAAAAGAAAACCAGCUCUUGAACUGAUAAAGUAGCAAUUUCUUGUCAAGUUCUCUCUUCAGGACCACUAGUGUAAAUCGAAAUGGCUUCAUCUGGAAAGUUAAUCUGCUUCUUCGCUCUUAUUGCAGCAUGCUGUCUGGUGACCGAGGCAAGGAGAUCAGGAAAGACGAGGGAAGUCCGCCAUGUUGUUGGAGCACCACAGAAACAAACCAUGUUCGACUUCCCAUUCGAUCAAACCGUCGUCGGGGGCUCCGCCGCUGCAGGCUCCGUGGGAGCGUCCACCAGCGUCUUCGGCAGUGAUUCAGAGUCUUCCGAAGAAUCCGACCUCGAUAUGGACAUGGACACCGAUAUCAAUGAAGUCGACGCUGCCGACACACCCGCCAUGGUCGGCGGUAACGGCAACCAAGUUGGCGGUAACCUUCUCCCCUUCCUCAGCGGAGGAAGAGCCGGCGGAAGAGCAGCGGCCCCUGAAGCAGGAAAUGCGGACCAGCUGUUGAGCAGGACGUCAGGUUCGUCGGGUCGUGGUGUCGGCAUCGCCUUUGCAGUUAUGGGUCUUCUUACCGUCAUCGUAGCUGCUGCAGCAUUCACCCUCAGGAAAUACCGACAUAGCAUCCCGGUUCUUGUGCGGGUCUGAUAACUGAACUUGUGAUGAGGAUACUCUAAUGAACGAUUUCCUUGUUGUCAAAUGAAACCAUUAUCUAUACUGCCGGUUAUCCCCGGUUAUUCUCCGAAUAUUGAUAUGAAUACAACAUUGAGGAUCAUGAAAUUCGAAUAAUUACUGCUUAGUUAUAGGUUCAAAAUUCAUUUUUAUUAUAUUAACAUUUUGCUGCUCAAUUGUAUAAAUACUGCUGAUCUGUAAAUUUGAAUAAUAUCUCACUAAUGAACUAACUCCAUCUUUGAUAUAUAUAUAUUUGUACUGUCAUGGUAUUGUA